AUGUGCCGACAUAGGGUAAUCGUGCUGAUAGCUGUUCACUUUAUGGUCAUGGCACAAGGUGCCACCCUGAAUACAGUGCGCCGUUCAGAACCUGAGCUAAGCUUCGUGGAGAACAUUUACGUCAGAUUAUCCGGUGCAUGUAGAGCAAUCAUGGAUUUAAGCCAUAGCGUUUCGCUAACACAAGUAGACAUGAUAAGGACGUUAAAAAUAAUCCAAUUAGAUGGAAGCACAAUGAGAACUUUUCCUAUUAAUGAAGCAUUUGUCAAUUUAACAAAACCGGCCAUGUUCGAUAUCACGAAACAAGUUAAAAUUAUUAUUCAUGGUUACAAAGACAGUUCACAAUCGGCUGUUCCCUUGGAACUUGCAAAAUCGUACAAUUCGAAAGGGAUGUUUAACGUAUUUUUGGUCGAUGCAGAAGACAUGAUGAAUAAACGAUACAUUACUUGCGUUCACAAUGCUCGUCUCAUAGGUAAAAGAUUAGCUAAUUUAUUGGCUAAUUUAGAGAAUUUUGGGGCGAACGCUGAUGAUUUCCAUCUUUUGGGAAUUAGUCUAGGUGCACACAUAGCUGGUUGGGCGGGUAAAUAUUUCCGACUGUAUAAACGGCGCUCUAUAGGACGCAUAACUGGACUAGAUCCUGCAGGGCCAUGUUUUUCACAUGCUUAUAGUGAUCAAAGAUUAGAUAAAAGUGAUGCUCUUUAUGUUGAUGUUUUGCAUUCUAAUAGAUUAGUUCAAGGAAUCAUUGAACCUCUUGGACACGCAGACUUUUAUAUUAACGGUGGUGGGCCUAAUCAACCCGGUUGUAUGAUGCCAUCAUGCAGUCAUUUACGUGCAGCCCAAGUCUACACAGAGAGUGUUACCACACCUAAAUCUUUUGUGGGUAUCAGAUGUCAAAGUUGGAAGCAUUUCGAAGCAAAUGCCUGUGAAAAAGACAUGUAUGCUGUCCUAGGAUAUGGUUCUUCAACAACAUCGAGAGGUUUGUACUACCUAAGAACUUCUGGAAGUCCUCCAUUCGGUCUCGGAAUGGAAGGAACCAAAAUUGUAGGUCCUACAUUUGAAAGUUGGUUACGGACUUUGAAUAUAGCAUAA